AUGCCACUGAUCGUACUCACAGGCCACCCAUGCAGCGGCAAAUCACAAAGAGCACACCAAAUCAAGCAGUACAUGCUCCAACGUCUCUCGGCUGAUGGCCGAUCCAUGCGCAUUCACAUUAUCAACGACGAUUCCCUCAACGUAUCCAAAGAAGCUUAUCGAGAGGCACGUGAAGAGAAAAAGGCACGUGGUGCUUUAUUAUCAGCAGUGGAACGACUACUCUCCAAGGAUGAUAUUGUGAUCGCUGAUGGCAUGAACUACAUCAAAGGUUUUCGGUAUCAGCUUUAUUGUGUUGCACGUGCUAUUGGUACGCCUCAUUGUGUUGUUCAUUGUGGAACACCUGUGGCAAUGGCCAAAGAAUGGAACACGGCUCGAGGAGAAGCUGGCUAUGACGAGCAAGUCUUUGAUGAAUUGGUGACGAGAUAUGAAGAACCCGACGCCCGCAACAGAUGGGAUUCACCGCUAUUCACCGUGAUUUACGAUGAUGCUGAUGUACCUGGAGACAAGAUGUGGGAUGCUGUUAUCCUUAGAAAGCCACCACCACCAAAUCAAUCGACCAUCUCGAAACCCGUUUCGACCACCAACUAUGUGUACGAGCUCGAUAAAGUGACACUGGAGAUUAUCAAUGCUGUUGUGGAAGGACAAAAGGAAUUUGGAGCAGGUGGAAUGCCUAUGGUGGUUCCUCGAGCAUCACAAAAGGUCAUCAACCCAUCUCGGACAGUGACCCUUUCAGAAUUACGACGACUACGGAAGCAGUUUGUAUCCAUCAACAAGAUGCGGACAACCUUAGACACAGAACGAUUAGCCGAUAUCUUUGUAGAAUACCUCAAUACAAACCUCGAGUAA